UCACACCACUAGCCUGUGUACACAGAACCUCCAUUUCAUAGCACAGGCAGUCUCCCUCUCUUGUCAUGGCUGCUCCAAUUUUCAUUCUCCUCCCAUUGGCAAUCCUCUUCACAACAGCAGCUUCCCAGGGACAGAAGAACAUCAGCCUCGCCGACACUCUCACGCCCACAUCCAAAUCCUCGUGGCUCUCGCCUUCCGGCCUCUUUGCGUUCGGAUUCUACCAGAGAGGCGACGAUUAUUACGUGGGGGUCUUCCUUCCGGGGACUUCGAAUAAGACCGCGGUCUGGACUUACGGCCGAGAUAACCCUCCGCUUCCUAGCAAUUCCACUCUGCGUUUUGACAGCAGUGGAAGGCUCGUUCUUCGGUCAGCACAAGCACAGGAUGCAUACGUCGCCACUCCUAUCGGUACGACCGCUUCGGCUUCAAUGCUCGAUUCGGGGAACUUCGUUCUUUACAACUCUAGCCAGGGUGUCGUAUGGAAGAGCUUCGACACGCCAACGGAUACCAUUUUAGGCGGUCAAACUCUAUCGGCAUCACAAGAGUUGCAUUCAAGUGCUUCAAUCUCUGAUCCAUCCACGGGUCUCUUUCUAGCAAUCAUGCAGUUAAAUGGAGUGCUUGCGUUAUAUCCCGACGGCACUCCAUUUACUGCUGAAUACGGUUACUGGGAUUCCGGGACACCUGAUAAUGGUGACAAUGUGACGCUACGUCUUGACGAUGAUGGGUUUCUCUACCUAUCGAAACCCCCAGGCAUAUACCUAUACAAUUUCACGAGCCAGGGACUUUCUACAGAAGAUAUGAUCUAUCUUGCGAGGAUUGACCCAGAUGGGCUUUUCCGGCUAUACUCAUACAACAUAACCAGGAAGGACGAUUGGUCCGUUCAAAUGGAUGUCCCAACCGACAGAUGCAGCCCCAAGGGCAUAUGCGGGCUUAAUGGGUUUUGUACGAAUAUUGAUCAGGAUUAUGCGUGCCCGUGUCUUCCAGGAUUCGCAUCUGUGAAGGACGGCAACGGGACAGCAGGGUGUGAGAGGAACUUCACCGCAGAAAGCUGCAAGAACCCCACUGCCAGCUACGACAUGCAAUCUGUUUCUAACACCAUAUGGGAGGACGCCACGUAUUCCGCUCUUACAUCGUUGACCCAGGACGAAUGUGUAGAGGCGUGUCGGCAGGAUUGCAAUUGCGAGGCUGUUGCAUACAAUUCCAGUCAGUCCUGCAACAAGCAGAAGCUUCCUCUAAGAUUCGGGAGGAGACUCGUUAGCGGGAACUCAAACUCACUACUUUACGUCAAGGUAGGUAAUGCUGGAUCUGGAGAAGACGGAAGAAAUGGCUUUGAGCAAAAGUAUACUCGGAGAGACAUUCUGAUUGCAGUUGCGUCAUCUAUUGCUUUUGCAAUCGUAAUGCUGGCAGUGUCUGGACUCAUUGUUCACAAGAAUCGUGUCUGGGUUUACGAAAUGCUUCCAAAGGAGGGAUUUCUCAGAACAAUUGAAGAUGUUGCUCCGACCGCGUAUACUUUUGAAGACCUGAAGAAAGUGACUGGAAAUUUUUCGGAAGAGAUUGGCAGGGGAGCAUUCGGAACAGUCUACAAAGGCACGCUGAUGAAGGAUCUGGACAGCAGCAAAGCCGUAGCUGUUAAGAAGCUAGAGAAGAUCUCAUCCGAUGGGGAGAGUGAGUUCCAAGCUGAGGUGAAAACUAUUGGAAAGACUCAUCACCGGAAUUUGGUCCGACUGCUAGGUUAUUGUCAUGAUAAAGAGAACAGGCUCUUGGUGUAUGAGUACAUGAGCAAUGGGUCACUUGCGGAUGUACUCUUUAAAGCCGAAAACCAAGCCAGUUGGGAUGUGAAAAUGGGAAUAGCUCGGAAUGUUGCCAGAGGCCUUCUUUAUCUACAUGAAGAGUGCGAGACGCAGAUCAUUCAUUGUGACAUAAAGCCUCAGAACAUAUUGAUAGAUGACAACAUGCAAGCGAAGAUCUCUGAUUUUGGGCUGUCCAAGCUGCUGAAGCCAGAUCAGACCAAUACCACAACAGGAAUAAGGGGUACAAGGGGGUAUGUUGCGCCGGAGUGGCACAAGAAACUGCCGGUGACUGUGAAAGCGGACAUUUACAGCUUCGGAGUCGUGCUGCUGGAGAUCAUCUUUGACCGAAAGAGUGUGGAUUGGAGCCUCCCUGAGGAGGAAGCUGUUCUUGAGGAUUUGGUUUACCACUGCUUCCAGGCUGGCGAGCUGGAUAAACUGGUGGAUUAUCAAAGUAUUGACAAAAAACAAUUGGAGAGGAUGGUUAAAGUUGCACUUUGGUGUAUCCUAGAAGAGCCAUCUCUUCGUCCUUCGAUGAGAAAGGUGCUGCUGAUGCUUGAAGGCACGGUUGACGUUCCCAUCCCCCCUUGUCCUACUUCCUUCCUCAGUGUCAUCUGAAUCAUCUUCGCAACUGCACUAAUCUCCACCAAAACCUGCUCGGGUUAGAGAUAAAUUAAGUUGUUUAUACUAUAGGCAUUUCUGCAGCAGACAUGUUUCUAAGUUUAUCCGUGCAAACGUGCAUUAUCUGUCUGUCAUUUCAACAGACAUAAGUUCCCUGUUCUGCCCCAUGUAAUUCUUCGUUCUUAUAGGAAGUAAAAUAACCAUGAGUUCAUUUCAACAA